AAAAAACACAGGACUGGUAAAAACUAGAAGGCGUGAACUAAACCCUACCUUCCUCCUCCUUCUCCUCCUGUCUCUCUCUGCCACCCGACCGCCUCACCUUCGGGCUCCGGCAACAAGUGUCCACCGCCUCCCCGUCGGUGGCGACCAACUAUCACUUAUUUUAUUCGCUGUUACCUUCCUCUGCGUUUCUCUUCAGGAGGACGUAAACGAUUUUCUUAGCCAUUUCUCUUUUCAGCUCCGCCAGGUAGUUCGAUCCAGAACAUAAAGAGGAGAUAAAAGAGAAAACUUCAGACAUUUCAGGGUUUCUACAAAAUGUUCCGUGCCUUUCUGAUUAUAAAUGCAGUGUAGAAGAAGAAGGGGAGGAUUGAGAACGUAUACGGCUGUUUGAAUUUCCGCAAACGUGUCAUCUUGAAAUUCUACUCUGUGUUAGGUAUAGUGUUCUGCUAAGGAGAAGCGAGAAAGGAAGGAGAAACGUGCAGGAGCGACCUCAACAGACGACAGGAGUGGAGGUUACAAGUGGAGUCCUCUCUCUGUUUUUCUGUCCUCUUCUCUUCACAGUCGAGCAAAACCCUAGGAGGAUGAUGAAACUCUAGCGUAAUCUAACUGUUGCCCUUGGAAUCGAACUGAGAUACAUACCAGGUUAAUGAUAUUUGAUAGAGAUGUCCAAGAAAUUCCGAAGAGAAGAAAGUGGUUCCAUAUCUGAGAAGCAUAUUGACAGUAUGACUUGCACAGGAGAAGAUCCUUCAUGAUAUAAGUAUUUGCAAGGUUAACCAUGGCCUCAAAAGGUCCUAGAUCCAGGCUUGAUCAUGAUACAAGAGCCAGGCGUCAAAAGGCACUUGAAGCUCCCAGGGAACCUCGCCGCCCUAAAGCUCAUUGGGAUCAUGUUUUAGAGGAGAUGGUUUGGUUGUCAAAGGACUUUGAGGCAGAAAGAAAAUGGAAACUAGCUCAGGCAAAGAAGGUUGCAGUAAGAGCCAGCAAGAACAUGCUGGACCAGGCUACAAGGGGCGAAAAGAAAGUGAAGGAAGAAGAGCAACGGUUGAGAAAAGUUGCACUCAAUAUAUCGAAGGAUGUAAAGAAAUUCUGGAUGAAAAUAGAAAAGCUGGUUCUUUACAAGCAUCAACUAGAACUAGAGGAGAAAAAGAAGAAGGCACUUGAUAAGCAGCUUGAUUUCCUUUUAGGACAGACUGAAAGGUACUCUACGAUGCUUGCGGAAAAUCUGGUGGACAUGCCAUUCCCGUGUAAAUCAAUGCGUGGUUCUGCAUUAGAACAUCCCCAUAAUCAAGAUAAAGGAGGCAAUGAAGACCUUACUGGAAGCACAAAGCACACUGAUGAACCCCUGUCAGAGAACAUGGAUGUUGAUGGCGAUUAUGAUAUUAAAUCUGAAGAUGAAUCAGAAGAUGAUGAACAUACAAUUGAGGAAGAUGAGGCUCUCAUUACAGAGGAAGAAAGGCAAGAAGAAUUGAAAGCUUUGCAGGAUGAAGUAGAUCUACCACUUGAAGAGCUGCUAAAACGUUAUGCCAUGGUUAGCAGAGAAGGAAGUCCAGAAGAAGGUGAAGCUGUAGCUGACCCAACCAAGGUGGAAGAAGGUCAGAUUGAGGGAAAGAGGAGUUUUCCAUCUAUUGUUACUGAGAUUGACACAUGCAGCUCAGUUGCACUGGGAAAAAGUAGCGGUGACAUUUCUGUAUUGGAUAAUCACAUCUCAAAUAUUGAGACACAUGGAGCCAGUGUCGAUCCAAAAGAAUCCAGAAAUUCAGACAAAGAGCAUUCACCAUCUGAUUCCAAUGAUGAACAGGAUGGUGAUUAUUUUCUUGCUUAUGGAGAAGAGAAGGUCCAGGAUGAUGAGACAACCUUGUCUGAGGAAGAGGAGCUGGCAAAAGCAGAUGCAAGUGACCCCUUAAAUGAGAUAGAGUUACUGCAAAAAGAGAGUGAAGUGCCAAUAGAAGAAUUGCUUGCAAGGUAUAAAAAGGAUGUCAAUACCGAUGAAGAUGCUUCUAAUGAAUCUGAGUAUGCCUCUGCAAAUGAGGAUCUACUGGAUUCUCCAGAACAUGAAGAUACUGAGCUAAAGAGGGUUGCUCCCAUGAGUGAAGAUGCUAUUUCACAGCAUGAAGAUGAUGAAUUGAAGGAUGCUGUGGAUCCUGUUGCAAAAGAGUCAGAAGCAGGGCCUGACUUGAAAACUGAAGUAGAAAGGGAGAAUGAGAACAGGAUUGCUGAUGCGGCUGCUGCAGCAAGAUCAGCACAACCAACAGGGAAUACUUUCUCAACAACCAAAGUACGUACAAAAUUUCCUUUUCUUCUUAAGCAUCCUCUUCGUGAGUACCAACAUAUUGGCCUGGAUUGGCUUGUCACAAUGUAUGAGAAGAGACUUAAUGGGAUUUUAGCUGAUGAGAUGGGCCUAGGGAAGACAAUUAUGACGAUUGCUCUCCUGGCACACCUAGCAUGUGAAAAAGGAAUAUGGGGUCCCCAUCUCAUUGUGGUCCCAACUAGUGUCAUGCUCAAUUGGGAAACGGAAUUUCUUAGAUGGAGCCCUGCUUUUAAAAUUCUAACAUAUUUUGGAAGCGCUAAAGAACGCAAGUCAAAGAGGCAAGGUUGGUUGAAGCCAAACUCCUUCCAUGUGUGCAUCACAACCUACAGACUUGUUAUACAGGAUUCUAAAGUUUUUAAGCGGAAGAAGUGGAAAUAUUUAAUUCUAGAUGAAGCCCAUCUAAUAAAGAACUGGAAGUCCCAGAGAUGGCAAACCCUACUGAACUUCAACUCAAAGAGGCGAAUUUUGUUGACUGGGACACCACUUCAGAAUGAUCUAAUGGAACUAUGGUCUCUAAUGCAUUUCUUGAUGCCCCACAUCUUUCAGUCUCACCAGGAAUUCAAAGAUUGGUUCUGUAAUCCAAUUUCAGGAAUGGUAGAGGGACAAGAGAAGGUAAACAAAGAAGUUGUUGAUCGCUUGCAUAAUGUGCUUCGCCCAUUCAUACUCAGGCGUUUGAAAAGGGAUGUGGAGAAGCAACUUCCUAAGAAACAUGAGCAUGUCAUAUAUUGCAGACUAUCAAAGAGGCAGCGGAACUUGUACGAGGAUUUUAUCGCCAGCUCAGAAACACAAGCAACCCUGGCCAGUGCUAACUUCUUCGGGAUGAUCAGUGUUAUAAUGCAACUCCGUAAAGUCUGUAAUCAUCCAGACCUAUUUGAGGGCCGUCCAAUCAUAAGUUCCUUUGACAUGGCUGGCAUUGACAUGCAAUUGAGUUCAUCUGUUUGCAUGAUUCUUUCAUCUGAUCCAUUCUCUUCUGUAGAUCUAAAGGGGUUGUCUUUUAUAUUUACUCAUUUGGAUUUCAGCAUGACAUCUUGGGAGAGUGAGGAAGUUAAAGUUCUUGCUACCCCCUCAAGUUUAAUCAAGGAGCGUUCCUGCCCAGAGAAAAUUGGGUGUAGAAUCAGACUUAAUGAUCACAAGAAAAGGACCCAGGGAAGUAAUCUAUUUGAAGAGAUUCAAAAGGCUCUUUAUGAGGAAAGACUGAAAGAAGCAAAAGAAAGAGCGGCAUCCAUUGCUUGGUGGAAUUCCUUACAGUGCCGAAAAAGGCCCAUGUAUGGGACAAACCUUACAGAUCUUCUCACAAUAAGGCAUCCGGUUUUUGAUAUCCAUCAUCAGAAGAAUAAUCCUUCUUGCUACUUGAACUUCCCUUCAAAGUUGGCUGAUAUUAUCUUGUCGCCAGUUGAACGCCUCCAGAGGAUGAUAAACCUCGUUGAAAGCUUCAUGUUUGCAAUCCCAGCAGCACGGGCCCUGUCACCUUCCAGCUGGUGCAGCAAAACUGGGUCCCCUGUGUUCAUGCACCAAUCUUACAAGGAAAAUUGCUCUGAAGUCUUGUCGCCACUUCUAACACCAAUUUGGCCUGCUAUUGUACGACGGAAAGUUUAUUUCCCUGACAGGCGUCUUAUACAAUUUGACUGUGGUAAGCUGCAGGAGCUUGCUGUCUUGCUUAGGCGGUUGAGAUCAGAAGGCCACCGUGCAUUAAUAUUCACUCAAAUGACAAAGAUGCUUGACAUAUUGGAAGCUUUCAUCAACUUGUAUGGCUACACUUACAUGCGCUUAGAUGGAUCUACUCAGCCAGAAGAGAGGCAAACAUUGAUGCAGAGGUUUAAUACAAAUCCCAAAAUCUUUCUUUUCAUAUUGUCAACCCGUAGUGGAGGUGUUGGUAUCAACUUAGUUGGAGCAGAUACAGUUAUUUUCUAUGACAGUGACUGGAAUCCUGCUAUGGACCAGCAAGCUCAAGAUCGAUGCCAUAGGAUUGGCCAGACACGUGAAGUACAUAUCUAUCGGCUAAUCAGUGAAAGCACCAUUGAGGAGAACAUUUUGAAGAAGGCAAAUCAGAAGCGUGCGCUUGAUGAUCUAGUUAUACAGAGUGGAAGCUACAACACCGAAUUCUUCAAGAAACUUGACCCAAUGGAAUUGUUUUCAGGUCAUAGAAUAGUUCCUGUCAAGAAAGAAAGAAAUUCUAACAGUGAAAUGGAGGAUUUUCUAUCAAAUGCAGAUGUAGAAGCUGCUUUGAAAUAUGCAGAAGAUGAAGCGGAUUAUAUGGCGCUAAAGAAAGUUGAGCAGGAAGAGGCUGUGGACAACCAGGAGUUCACAGAAGAGGCUAUUGGGAGACUGGAAGAUGAUGAGUUUGUGUAUGAAGAUGACAUGAAAGUUGAUGAGAGGAUUGCUGGAGAUCAGAGUGGCUGGGUUAGUAUUGUAAAUAAAGAUGGUGGGGUCACCAUGAAUGGAAAUGAUCAACAAGAAGAGAGAACCCUCACUUUGGCUAGUAGGGAAGAAGAUGUUGACAUGCUAGCUGAUGUCAAGCAGAUGGCAGCCGCAGCUGCGGCAGCAGGGCAAGCAAGUUCAUCCUUUGAGAAUCAUCUCCGGCCAAUAGAUCGAUAUGCAAUGCGUUUUCUUGAUUUAUGGGAUCCUGUAGUAGACAAAUCUGUGAUAGAAUCUGAAGCAUUUGAGGAGGCAGAAUGGGAGCUGGAUCGUAUUGAGAAGUUUAAGGAUGAUAUGGAAGCUGAGAUUGAUGAUGACGAUGAACCAUUCUUAUAUGAAAGAUGGGAUGCCGAUUUUGCAACAGAGGCAUACCGGCAGCAGGUUGAGGCCUUGGCUCUGCGUCAGUUGAUGGAAAAACAGGAAUCUGAAGCUAAAGAGGCAGAAGAGGCAGAAGAUAAAAACCUGGAGUCUGUGAAGAAUGAGGCGUCUGCUGAAAAACGCAAGUCAAAGAAGAAAAGCAAGAAAGCAAAAUUCAAAUCUCUGAAAAAGGGGGCCCUGGCAUCUGAAUCAGAGGAUUUCCAUGAGGAACCACCAGCGGAGCCCAUGUCCAUUGAUGAUGAUAUCUGCCCUGAGGUUGUUACAUCAGACAUUUCACCACCACAUUCUCCUAUUCAGAAAAAACGUAAGAAGGCCCGAGCAACGCCUGAGGUAGAAGAAGAGACUAUGACAAAGAAAAGUUCCAAGAAACUCAAGAAAUCUGUUCCUGAAAUUAGUCCUGUUGAUUCCUGCACUCUGGAUAAACAGCUUGAUGAAAAUAAAGAAUCAAAAGCAGGUGAGAAUGUGGUUGUUGAUCUUGAUAUCAAGCCACCAAAUAGGAGCAAGAUGGGAGGAAAAAUCUCUAUAACUCCCAUGCCAGUAAAGCGGGUUUUGGUAAUCAAACCAGAAAAGAUAAAGAAAAAAGGAAUUUGGUCAAGAGAUUGUGUUCCAUCACCAGAUCCUUGGUCUUCACAGGAAGAUGCGAUAUUGUGUGCAAUUGUUCAUGAGUAUAAUACACACUGGAGUUUGGUCAGUGACACAUUGUAUGGGAUGACUGCUGGUGGGUUUUAUAGGGGGAGGUUUCGCCAUCCUGCCCAUUGUUGUGAGAGGUAUAGAGAACUUUUUCAAAAAUAUGUUUUAGCUUCAACAGACAAUGCUAAUAAUGAAAAGAUGAGCAACACUGGCUCUGGAAAGGCCCUCCUCAAAGUAACAGAGGAAAACAUUCGCACACUAUUAGAUGUGGCCAGUGAGCUUCCAGAUAAUGAAUUACUGCUUCAGAAGCACUUCACAGCCAUGCUUUCUUCUGUAUGGAGGGUGAGAUCCCGCAGUGAUCGCAGGCAUAGUGUGUCACAGAGUGGCCUUUAUUCUGGUGGAAGCUAUUUGUCCUAUACUCCCAUCUAUAUCUCUGGGAGAUUUACCAGGGAACCACCAGGGAGUAUUAACCUUGCAAUUGUAGGGCAGAAUAGCAAGUUAGUAGCAGCUGCCCUCCAUGAUGCUAAUAGCAAACAACAGGAUGACCUGGUAUUUCCUUCAGAUCAAAGAGAUGAAACUAUGGCAACAUCUGAGCAGCUAGAGGUAACAUUGGAAUUCCAGGGUGACGGUGAUGAUUGCUCAACACCUUUGCCACCAUUUCUUCAUCUGUCGAUAUGUGGCUUAAAUUCACCACCUUUAGCAGAUGAUCAGGCAGUAGGAAAAGUGUUUCUAGGUUCUUCCCAUGACAUAGCAGAGGACCGUUUCAGGGUGGCUUCAAGAGCUUGCAUUGAAGGUGAAGCUCAUGUUUGGGCUGUGUCAGCUUUCCCAACAUGUGAUGUUAGAUCUAGAUCCAUGUCAAAACCACAGUACUUGGGCAAGCACAAGGCCUCCAACAUGGACUCCACCAAGCCGUCUAAAUUCAAGAUUCAAAGAACAAUAGAGCAUGGCGAAGAAGAUCACCAGAUCCGCAAACCACCACUUCCUUCACCCAGAAAAGUUGCUUUUGAUUCUGUUAAUCUGCCAGUCCCCACCACUGAAGCCACUGAAGACAGUGAUAGCAGUGGCUAUCUGCAUUUUGGCAUUGAUGACAAUCUAGUUCCAGAGAUGGAGGGUCUUGCAUCAGUUCCGUAUCACUAUGACCCAGGUUUCAUCUCAGACCUCGAUGAUUGUACAUUGCCUGAAACUGUCGACAUUGGGUAAGGAUACCUCUGAGACGUGGACCCUCGGGAUAUUCUUAUCAUGCAGCUUGGCAUAUUUUGGGGGAAAUCUGGUCACUAGGUUGUUGGAACCUCAGAACUGAUCGGUGCUGUAGCCCAUAAAUUCUAGGACACGGGUGGUGAUCAGGAAUGCCAUUGAAUUGAGAUACACGUUCUAGUUCUGGUUGGUGCAGCAAUCAGUUAGCCUUCACAACUGCCCUGUCUGUAAUUGGGAAUGCGGUCUGGUCAACCAAUUGUGCAUUCUUUUUGAGACAAUCCAGGCAGUUCGUCUAUGGCUCAUCUCUGUUAACGUGUGAGAAAUGGGUGAAAUUGGGGCGGGUAUGAACAGGAAGAUGUAUAGCAUAUCUGCAGGAGGGUGCAUGGAUAUAUGGUAUUUCCCUAAAUUAUUUUUUUCACAGGGAAAUCUCAUUUUCUGUAAAUCAGUAUCUUUUUUAUAGGCUUAUUUUUCCUUAAAAAAAAAGGAAAAGAAGAAAACAGAGGGAAAAUGAGUACGGAAAUUAUUUGAGUUUCUUGCUUAUUGGAUCCUAAUGGAAUUAAUUGAUAUUUCCAUUUCUUAA